AUGGCCGGCUCCGCUCCGCAGAAGAGGACUCUCUCUUCAAAGGUUCGCACUUUGAGACUCGACUCGUGGAGGACUCGCGCUGACACUAGGCAGUGCAUUACCCGCCGCCAGGAAUCCCAGGCUCACGCUGCUGCACAGGCUGGCGCCGUCGCUGCUGCACAGGUGUUCAACACCGCCGAGUUGCUUGAGAACAUCUUGGUUCGACUACCACUCUGUCAGAUCUUUCAAGUGCAGCGCGUGUGCCACCAAUUCCAAGACUCGGUCAAUACAUCCAUUGAGAUUCAAAAGAAGCUCUUUAUCCGUACCAGUACCUGCACCGAGACUUGGAAGCAUCGCGCAUUACAAUGGACACAUCAUCGAAAGCUCUCCUUCAUCCGCACGACCGAUGCUGCAGAUGUUCUUACCCACUAUGACGUGUGGACGGGACUUACAAACUUUCAGAUCGCGACAGACCGCAACCCGUUGUUCUAUUCUGUGGGAAAUACCUUAACGUACGACUCUGAAGAAGGUUGUGUCUCAAAACUUCAGGCCGGCCCAGAAUUCCGCUUUCUCUCAUCGCAGACGCUCCAAGGCCACCCUGUACCAUCCAAGCUCAUGAAGAUGCAGCUCACGAACCCGCCUACGAUCCGUGUUGAAGUCGACGUACAAUGGCGUCUCAACAAGACUCACCCGAGCAUGCUCGUCCAGUCGCACAAUCUGAACGGUACCACUGUCGGGGCGGUCUUGGAGGCGAUUCGCGACRCAGUCCCGUACAGAACUUUCGGGCGGUACGUAAAAAAACGCAAGAUUCCAACGGCCACGGCUGGACAAAUGGUGAAAUCGCACCCAUCAAACGGGUCUCUGCAAAUCUACACGGUUGUCAUCACUCUUCGAGGCAUGUUGCUGUCGUCCGCAAGGAACCGCCAGGAAUGUCUUCCUCUGCCUGCAGUGGUGGACAAGUCGGACGAUAAGAAGUCAUGA